ACGCUGCGAGUCCGCCAUGCCGCUGCCUCCGGGGCUGCUCCUGCCGCUGCUGCUGGUGCUGUGGCCGCCGCGCUCGGCCGCGCUGGAGCCCAUCAGCAUCGGCAUCGCCAUCGGGGCGGCCUCGGCGCUCACCGGCUACCUCUCCUACCCCGGCUUCUACUGCGGCUUCGUGGAGUGCUGCCCCGGCGAGCAGGACCGGCCCAACGGAACCGCUCUGCGGCUGAACCUGGACGCCAAGCUCUUCGGGCAGCACCUGGCCAAAGAAGUGGUCCUGAAAGCCGUGACCGGAUUCAUCAACCAUCCGAACCCCAAGAAGCCCCUGACGCUCUCUCUGCACGGCUGGGCCGGCACGGGCAAGAACUUCCUCAGCCAGAUCAUUGCAGAGAACGUCCACAAAGCCGGCCUGAAGAGUAAAUUUGUGCACCUUUUCCUCUCCACUCUUCAUUUCCCACAUGAUCACCUGAUAAAGAUGUACAAGGACCAAUUACAGAAGUGGAUCCGGGGUAACGUGACUGCUUGUGCAAAGUCCAUAUUCAUAUUUGACGAAAUGGAUAAACUUCACCCUGGGCUGAUUGACGCCAUCAAGCCGUUCCUUGACUACUAUGAGCAGAUCGACGGCAUAUCAUACCGAAGAGCCAUCUUUAUCUUCCUCAGCAACGCGGGGGGUGACCUCAUCACCAAAGUGGCCUUGGACUUCUGGAGGAGUGGACGGGCCAGGGAAGAGAUCCAGCUGAAAGACCUGGAGCCUGUGUUAUCUGUAGGCGUUUUCAACAAUAAGAACAGUGGCCUGUGGCACAGCAGCCUGAUUGACCGGAACCUCAUAGAUUACUUCAUCCCGUUCCUUCCUCUGGAGUACAAACACGUGAAAAUGUGUAUCCGGGCAGAAGUUGAGUCCCGUGGUAACCAAAUUGAUGAGACAAUUGUCCAGAAGGUGGCUGACGAGAUGACGUUCUUCCCAAAAGAGGAGCGGAUCUACUCUGACAAAGGCUGCAAGACCGUCCAGACCAAGUUGGACUUCUAUUGAUAUAUAUAUAUUUUUAUCAACACUAAACUGGGAAGCAGAGGAUAAAUGUUUGGAUCCUCUGAUUUCUAAUGCACUUUUUAAAAAAAAACAAAUGUGGGUAUGCACUUUUUUAAUGCUUUGUGGCAUGAAACAUGUUUUGGGGGAGCGUCUGGGUUUUUAUGGCCAAGCUUUGUCUCUUCCUUUGCAACUGUGCUGCCAUCAAAGGGUGGCCCUCUUAGGUUAUGGAGACAUCUUUAAAAGCAGGAAGUACCACUAAGGUACAGUGUGUGGAGCAGUAUAAGAUGACAAUCGAUCUCUUUAAAAACGGCUUCUCAUUCCCCCGUCCCUUUUGGCUGCAAAACUAAAAAGAAAUGUUACAAAAUUCUAUUGCAGGACAUCUGUUACACACGCCUCCUUCUCAAUUUGGGCAUUUCAACUUGUAGAGGUCAGUGAGAAAUAGCAUGCCCGCAGGCAUGCAUCAGCAAUAAUUGUAUACAUUGUUCAAGAUGUUGAUGGUUUUAAGGACAUUAUAGAGUCUUUGUGGCCUGCUCUUUGUGAAUGGAAGAGCUGUUUCUCUGUUCGUAGGACUUUAAGCCAAUCCGCCUUCCACCAUAAAAAAUGGGAGGUGUUUGGCUGAGCUCAGGGGAAACUGGUUAAUGAAUGACUAAAAUAAUUCUUCUGUCCCAUUUGAUUGUGACAGUCUUUCUCCUUCUUGGAACAAAUCUCUUAUCCCUUGGAUGCCCAAGGAGAUUUCUGUGUAAUUGCCAAGGGCAUUCUGUGCCCUUCAGAGAACUGGGGAAGGUCAUUGGACUAAGUGUCCUUAAGUCUUAAGAGGAGGCGACAAUUUCUGUUGUUCCCAUCUUUCUGUUCCAGAUCCCUGGGAGUCAGUAGACCCCCAGUAAGAACAUGGAGGCAGAGUCUACCGCUCUUAAGAACACCCACGUUUUCCUUAAGUUUUCUGUUUGGAUACAAACUAGUGAUCAGCUCAGUUCCAGAAGGACUGAAGUGUUCCUUCCGAGACAGUGACCUUCUAAUCUCAAGUAUGGCCACGCGACAGACAUCCUUAGUACCUUUUUAUGGAAUUAAUUUUAAGUAUCACAUUUUAAAAGCUUUUUUAUACCUCGAUCCCCAGAAUGAAGUCAUUAAGGGGGGUAUAUAGUAUAAGGUUUUUUUUAAGUAAAUUAGGAGGGAUGGGAAAACUUACUCAGGAGUCACUGUUUCCAUCUCCCCACUCCCUCCAUUUUUAAAGCCGCUUGAAGAAGCCUUGUUUUUUUUUAAAUGCACAAGAACUUUCAUCUAGUACCUAUCUGCCUGGUGAUGGGAUCUGGGAAGAGGGCAGGGACAGCACUUGGUAAAGAAGUGGCUGGAAAGAUCCAGUGACUGACUGCUUCAUUUUAAGACCAGGUUCACACAUGCAGGAGAAUGAAGUUGCAGAAUUUGGUGGUGCCUCUUCAAAUGGUAUAGAGAGUGACCUUUUGGUACAAUCCGCACUCUGUUUAAAAUCUUUAUGCAGCUUGCAAACUGGCACAGCAAGCAAAGGAGAAAUGGUGUAUAGCAUUUCUGCCUGGCAGGCUGGUUUUCUAUUUGCAUGGAAUUAUUUAAUGCUAAGGAAAAACUCCCAAGUUGGAAUCUUCCAUCUGCUGUCUGGUUUAGUCCAUUCUGCCCAUCUUGGGCAGUUCUCACCUCAUUCUCCUGCAUGCUUUUAAACAUCACAAUAUUUUCCAGCCGUAUCCUAUGAUGGAGUUUGGGCAGGUGAUUCUAGUGAAAUAACUUCUUUUAGCCCAUGUAGGUGUUAGGAUCCAGUUUAUAAGCAUGCAGCAGCACAUUGGUUCAAAAAGGUCUUUCUUGGCAGCCGUGUCUUUCCUGUCGCCCCAGCCCUCAGUAAGAAUUUAGACAGCCGCAGAAGGGGCUGAGUCUUCUGUUGCACUAUUGAAGUUCUUGCAAGGGGGUGGUAAGAGAUGCCUGGCUUGGUACUUGCCUUCCCCUGACACGGCUGAGGAAGGAGCGGCUGCCGCAUGAUAUUAUGUGCAAGGAGCCAGAAAGUGCCUUGAUGUAAGUUGCCAUGGUGAGGUUCCGCGUGAUUCUGGGGCUGCUUGCUCCUCUGAAUGCAUAAAUGCACACCAGUGGGAAGCAGGCAAGGGGCCUUUCAUCUUUUCGCCACACAGGAGCAAAAUGGUAAAAAGGCACCAAAGAAUAAUUACUAAUUGCAAGAUGGGGUGUGUGUGUGUGAAGUAUUAAUUUACUGAGAGGCUGUGUAUGAAAUACUAAUUUACCAAAAGUCCGAGUGCCAUGUUUGCAAUGGAACUGAAGAGUAUACCUGAGUUACUUUAUAAUCUACCUGAUUUUUUAAAAUGUGUUUUAAAGACUGAAUAUUGUGUUAGCUAAGGUCUGCAAACUGUUAUACGUGAAUCCUACAGCAGGAAUUGGCUGCACCAUAGAACAUUACAGCUGCUAUAUCAAUUAAACAUUGGUGGUUUGUUUCCACCUCUGUAAGUCAAGCCUUGUUGUGCCUUCCCCCCACCACAUUGCAGUCCCAGUAGGAAUUCUAAUGCUUUAAAUGCAAGAAGAGGGUCAUUUUUAGGAACUGAAAUCCUUUACUGCAAGCAGCUGCAAUAAAGAUUUUUCAUUCA